UCUGCCAUCUAGCUACUGCUUGAACCUACCAUCAGAGAUUCGUAGCACCUUCAUCUGUCAAUUUAUUUCAUGCUUUUUUGCCAAUACUACCCACCACUCUCGGUGGGUGGAAUUAUGCAUCUUCCUUUCACUGCGAAGAUGAAAUUGCAGCCACUGAAUAUUAAAUUGCUAGAGGAAGCUCAGGCAUAAGGUGUUCAGAUGGUUCAUUGAAACAAAACUCUUGUGCAUAAGAGCAGAUAUUGUUGUCCCAAAAUGUUAGGUUACUUGAUAUUUAUCUAUCAGUUGCUUGAUUUACUCGUAUCACAUGAAACCAAUAUACUGCUUUCUUGUUUCUUACACACCGGAAAUUGUAUUUUCCUUGUGUAAUACCAUAAAUCCUCUUUAUUCCUGGGCAGCUAGAAUCAUCUUUGCUGAUGGUUUGAGACUCUUGCUGUGAUUCUCACCACAGCCUGGCCUCUCUUUUUUCUUGAUUUUGUUUUAUCAAUUCCAUCCACUACCAUGUCUGAAAUUGAAAUCUCACCGAGUCAGUCCUUCCACGUUGGGCUGAGCUUUAACUGCUGGAGGUCGAGCCAUGGCGGUGCCCCACAUGGGUCUGUUCCCUUUCCCUACUGUUCCCAAUCUCAGAUCUUCCUGCUAUGGUUCUGCAAAGAGUCAUGAAAGUGAAGGUGGCGUCGUAAUCUUCAUUGGGUACGCGACACUCCGGCCGAAGGUGCCCCAAGUGAGCGUCACAAGAGCCCAAAUGGACACCAUAUACUUCGACCAGUCUACCUUGAUGAUGCUGCACGCAACCAUUGUGAUCAAAGCAGAGAACGACAACACAAGGGCUCGUGCGAGGUUCUACGACAUGUCCUACACCCUCAGCUUCCGCAGCCAGAAGAUAGCCAUCUUGAUGGCCGACCCCUUCGACGUCAGUCCCAACAGGUCUCUGGAGCUCAACUUUGUCGUCCCGUCCCAGUCUAUACCUCUGAAUCCAGAAGAAGUCGAGGCCAUCAACUGGUCGUUGAACCGGAAUGUGGUUGAUCUCGAUCUCAGAGGGAUGUCGAGGACGCGAUGGAAGGUUUGGCUCAUCGGGUCCAUUAAAUACGUGCUGCGUUUGGAUUGCCGGCUCCAUUUGCCCGUUGAUCAAACCACCAUAUAUCCACAUUGUGUUUCCAGGAAAUAAAAAAAAAAGGGGCCAUCUUUCCUUUUUUUCAUUUUAGGAUCUCCUACUCUCAGGAUUUUUGUUGAUAAUAAUCCAUUAUCUUUUCCUAGAAUUAUAAUUUUGAUGUGCCAGAAUAUGUAAAAGUUGGAAAUCACUUUCUUUGAGCUUUGUUUGAUGAAUUCAAAUGAAUUGUCCGAAUUAUUAUAUUA